GUUUCCAGCAAGGUCAUUGUUUAGGCCAAUAACAAUAGAGCAUACAGUCCAGUGUGAAAGAGUUUCAGGCUCUUCGUUACUGUUAAUAUACCGUAUAUGUUUGGAAUGAAUAGACUACUGUAAGACAUGAGCUGUGGAGUUUGGCCUUGUGAACCUGUCGCCAUGUCUGAGGCAUCUGCUGUAAGGUUCAGGGUAUUCACACUCAAUUGCUGGGGGAUCCGUUACCUUAGCAAAUGCUGCAGGGAGCGUUAUGAAAUGAUUGCUCUGUUACUGAGUCAGGAGAGGUAUGAUGUCGUCCUGCUGCAAGAGGUGUGGAGUGAACAGGAUUAUCACUUCUUGAGAAGCAAAUUGACAAGUACCCACCCUUAUUCAGUGUAUUUUAGAAGUGGAGCUAUAGGAAGUGGACUCUGUGUCUUCGCCAGAUACAUAAUAACUGACUCCUUCCUCUACCGCUACUCCCUGAACGGUUACCCUUACAAGUUGCACCAUGGUGACUGGUUUGGCGGGAAAUCUGUCGGCUUAGUUAUUCUGAACAUAAAAGACCUUGUCGUUCACGUCUAUGUCACACACGGCUGUGAAGGUGGAUGUACACUGCUGUCCCAGAAUUGCUUUGCCUCGGUUGGUGACACUCAGUCAUUCCCGUCAGGAAUUCGCAUUGACUACAUCCUCUACAAGGGAUCGGGAGGUUUCCCUGUGAAGUGUGAACACCUGAUGACUACAAAUGGCACACCACCUGGGCGAAACAUGCCGUACUCCGACCAUGAAGCUGUGUGCGCUACAUUGAAUGUACAGAAAGAAGAGAAUGCUGUCAGUGAGUUGAGGCACGUGGAAGAGGCUGACCCGCAACUUGUGGACAUUCUAAACGAGGCUCGGGCAGAGCUAAAAAUCGGUAUUCACGGGGCGGAGAAGGUGCGCUACUCUUCUGGCAGGAUGGCCAUCCUAGGGUUCAUCCUUCUGCUCCUCGAGGUCGUCAUGGCGAUCAUACCACUUGUCACCACCACACCGGAGAACUCAUUUCCCAAGGUGUCAUUCUACAUUCUGGGCAUGGUGGCCUUUGCAGUGGCUCUACUUGCUGGCAUUCUCUAUGUCUUUCAUACCAUUGAGGUGAAAAUGCUGCAGGGGACAGAGUACCAAAUGAGUAACGCCAUCCAGGCUCUGCAGGAGCGACUAGGCCACUGACAGCAUUGCAUUAGCAUGUUUCAGACCAGUUUGACGGGGAUCUGGUGGGAGUAAUCAGACCUCCCAUUGCACAAUCUAUAGCAAAAGCAGUUCAAUGAUAUUUUGUGAUCUUAAACCUGCAUGUUAACCAUGAGACUUCAUACUGUCAAAUACAUUCCAGAUGGCUGUACAGAUCCAUAGGGGAAUGGAGGCUAGCAUUUGGGGCAACUUAAUUGUUUCACCAUGCGUCCCCCUCCAUUUUUAUUCGCCAUUUCCAAUUAACCUUCCCUCAAGUGUGAAGACUAUGGUGUGAGUUUCCACUCUGCUUGAACUCAGGUUUUCAUGAGUUCCAGUUUAGAGCAGGAAGAAACUCUGUGGCCAUGGAAAUCUGUCCACCCCCACCCUCAGCCCUGCUCGCCCAAGAACCCACUUCUCCAUGAAAUGGACCUGGGUCAGGAACUGAAGAAAUUGCCUAGUAGUUUCCCUGGCAGCUGGAGUAGUUUACAUUUUAUUGAACUGUCAUAAGAACACUCGACUCUUACACUAAUGUAGUUUAAGGAAGACAGUCUGCUGUUCUUGCCCAUUCUUGUCUGCAUGUGACUGCAGUCUCUUAGCAUUGUGGCUGAGUCUUAGCAUUCCUCUAAAGUAACCUGGAGAAACGCUCAGUUGUACUGUCUGUUCUCGAAGUGAACAGCAGGAAGGUCCGCCUCCACCUUUUUCAGUGUAACCUUUCCAGCUAUACCUUCAUCCUGAGAAUAACCGGAAAAAAGGUGUUUUCUCUGAAUGCUGCAUUUCAGCUCAAACAGUGCUGGCUCCAUGAAACCUUUGAGCAAAGUUGGAUUUCCAGAUCUUAAGCUAAUUGUCAGGAAGCUUAGGUGACAGCAUUUUAUACCAGGGUUGGGGAUAAGAGAAGAACGUAAUUCUAUUUUUAAGAGUUUAUUUUCUUGCCGGCAAG